AUGGCAGCGAUCUCGUCUCUCGCAGCAAGUCUGGACGGAGGUGGUGGUGCUUUGAAUGCAAGCGGAACAGGUGGAAUCGAGAUGGCGAAAGCACUCUCGAGUAUGCAGAUACGCAAUGAACAGUUUCGACAAUUGUAUGAAGAAUUAAAGAAGGAAUAUGCUUCGUUGUCUGAAGCAUAUGCUGAUUGUCAACAAACAUUAGAAAAGUCGACAGAAGAGAAUCGCCAAAUGCAAGAAAAGUUCAAGAACUUACUCGACAAAUUACAAAUUGAUAAUCGAAAGAAACAAGCACAAAUCGAAGAAAUGAAGACACAGUUACUCGACAAUAGUAAAAUUGAUCAAAUUCGCGACCGUCUAUCUUCCGAAGUCGAAGGUCCAUAUAAAUUAGCUUUAUCACAAUUAGGAAGUCAAUUGGAGCAAACGAAAGCGGAGUUAACGAAAGUUCGCUUUGAACUGAAUGCUCGAAUCAAAGAACACGCUUCAGAAUUAUCGCAAAAGGAUCAGAUAGCUGAAGAAUUUCAAUUGAAAACAGAAAAGGAAUUAGGUGCGUUAAGAAAAGAACGUGAUCUUCUUCAGCAACAUAUUCGUCAAGAACAUCAGAAAGAUUCCACAAUUGAGCAAAAUCGUGCAAGAGAACUGACACAGCUAAAAGCCAAAGUGGAACAGUUAAAUCAGGAACUAAGUGAAGCACGAGAAGUAAAACUGCACGCCGAACAAAUAGCUGCAGCUGCCCAACGAGAGUUGUUGAAAGAACGUUCAUUAUCCAAGACCAAUUCUUCCUUGAUCGAAAAUGAACGCGAUUCAUUAAAACAACAACUAACGAGCACUCAUCAGGAGCUAACAUCAGUUAGUGAACAAUUGACGACAGUCAAUCGACAAUUGCAUGAACGCGAACUUCGAAUUGCACAGAUAAAUUCUGAUUAUGAAAAUCUUCAACAUCGAUAUAAACUCGAAGUUGCAAAUCAUAAAAUUGAAUUAGCUAAAGUACAACGAGAUCAAUUAGAGCAACAAGAACAGCUUAAAACACAUGUCCAAGAACUCGAAGAAAAAAUCGCGUCAUUAACAUCUGACAAAGCCAAACUACAACUAACCAUUCAAGAGAAAGAACACAAUCUAUUAACAAAUGUUCAAGCAGCUAGAGAAGAUGAAUGGAAGAAGAUCAGCGAAAUAACAAACGAAAAACUGAAUUUCGAAGCUGAGCUGAAUAUCUUACGGAAAUCGAACGAUGAUCGACAAAAACAGUUCGAGAUUGAACGCGAUCGUUUAUAUGAGCAAAUCAGAAGUUUAGAAAAAGUUCGCGAUGAUUUAACUAAGGAGAAUUCGCAUUUGAAUUCAACCGUUAAACAAACAAAUGAUUAUCAGAAUGAACUUGAACGUGAACAAGAAAAAACUCGCGAACUGUACAAGAAAUGUAUCAAACUCGAAACUCAACUUUCAUCUACCAACGGAAUCGAACAAGAGUUGACGGACAUGAAUUUGAAAUUGAAAAACGAAUUGAAUCAUUUGAUGAACGAAUAUCAUGCGAAUAAACAAGAAGUUCAACAAAUGAACAAUCAAUGUACGACAACGAUCGAAAAUGCUCGGCGAGCGUUCUUCAACGAUCGAAAAGAAAUGGAGAUGAAAAUUGAACAGUUAGUCGAACAAUUAAAAAAAUAUAAGAAAAGAAUCAACGAGCUGCAAAAAGAAAAGAAAGAUUAUCGAUCGCGUUAUCAGAAUUUUUCACAAAAAUUAGUAGAAAAAAGUCAAUUAAUUGAAGCUAAGCUUAAUGAAAUUAAACAAAAAGAACAAAGUCUGCAGAAUGUAGUUAGUUUACAAACACAUAAUCAAGUAAAACGUCAAUUAGCACAAUUAUUGAAAAAACAUGCACAAUUUCAAACAGUUCUUGAUACAAACAACACCACUGUCAUUAACGAUUCAACAGCACUUCCAUCAGAAGAUAAAUAUGAUCUUAAUUCAAUGUUAACUCGUCUUGAUCGUCUAUCAUACGAACAAAAUCAUCAAUUAAAAGAUUUCAUUCCAAUGAAAGAGUCUUCGUUAAUUCUUUCAAAUCAUCAUGAAACAACUACGACUUCUUCACCAGAUAAACGGAGAACGAUUCAAUUCGAAGAAGACACAAAAUAA